CUGCCUCAUCAGGGAAUGUCUGCAGGCGUCAUUCUCUGCUCCAGCUCGGGGGCUCAGGAGCCUUUUUUUCCACGCUCGCCCCCUCUGCUGCCAGUUCCCAGCCCCUGGGACCCGAAAGUUACCGACCGGCCGAGCGGCUCCCCAAAUCCUCUAGGCACCGAGGGGCCUUGGCUGUUCACCACCUGCGGGGCCAGCGGCCGGCGCGGGCCCACACAAGCUCAGUGCGACAGGGCGUACGCGGGGAGCGGCGUGGUGGUGUCGGUGGGCGACGCUGGGCCGCUCAAAGGCGUGCAGCUGUGGCGGGCGCCGGGCCCCGGGCGUUAUAUGAUCUCCGCCUAUGGAGCCGCGGGCGGCAAAGGCGCCCAGAGCCACCUGCCGCGGGCGCACGGAGUCUUCUUGUCGGCGAUCUUCUCCUUUGGUCGUGGGGAGACGCUGUUCAUCCUGGUGGGACAGCAGGGGGCAGACGCCUGCCCCGGGGGAAGCCCGGAAAGCCAGCUCGUGUGCCUCGGAAAGCACGCUGCGACGGAGGCGACCGAGAGCGUCCUGGGGUCGCAGCGCUGGGCGGGCGGGGGCGGAGGAGGCGGGGGCGCCACCUACGUCUUCCGGGUACGUGCUGCCCGCAGCGCCGUUGCGCGUACUCCGCCUGCGCUCUUGGGGUUACCUGGCCCCGCCCGGCGGCGCGUGGGCGAGCUGGAGCCCCUGCUGGUGGCGGCCGGCGGUGGUGGUCGCGCCUACCUGAGCCGGCGGGACAGGGGCCGCCCCCAGGCCGCCCUCGAGAGACUGGAGAACCGCACGGAGGCGCCCGGGAGCGGAGGGAGAGGCGGGGCCGCAGGUGGCGGGGGCGGCUGGACGUCGCGGGCCCCCUCCCCGCAGACCGGCCGCUCGCCGCAGGAGGGAGCCGAGGGCGGCCAGGGCUGCGCAGAGGCCUGGGACACGCUUAGCUGGGCCGCGGCCGGCGGCUUCGGGGGCGGCGGCGGGGCCUGCACGGCGGGCGGCGGCGGCGGCGGCUACCGGGGGGGUGAUGCCUCAGCGACUGACAUCUCCUGGGCAGAUGGGGAAGAUGGGGUGUCGUUCAUACACCCCAGGAGUGAGCUCUACCUGCAGCCUCUGGCAGUCACGGAGAGCCAUGGAGAAGUGGAGAUCCGGAGGCACCCCAACUGCAGUCAUUGCCCUUUGAAAGACUGCCAGUGGCAGGCAGUGCUCCAGCUGGCUGCGUGUGUGUGCCCAGAGGGCAUGGAGCUAGCUGUGGAUAACAUCACUUGUAUGGACCUGCCCAGGACCCCAAGCCCUCUGGUUCUGAUGGUGGCUGUGACAGCAGCCUUGACAGUGAGCCUCCUCAUGGUUUGCGGGGUCCUGAUCCUAGUGAGCCAGAAGAAGUGGCCAGGCCUGUGGGGGAGAAGGCUGUGGGACCUUGAGCUUGAACUGAGCAAGCUUCAAACCUCUGCCCUCAGGACAGCCCCCAAUUCCUAUUACUGCCAGGUUGGCCAGGCCCAGUCCUGGCCUUUUGGGCUCCCUGAGGUCUCCCCAGCCAAUGUCACUCUGCUCAGCGCUCUGGGCCAAGGUGCCUUUGGGGAGGUGUACCAGGGACUGGUAACUGGCCUUCCUGGGGAGCCCAGCCCACUGCGGGUGGCUGUCAAGGCCCUGCGGAAGCUCUGCUCUCCUUGGGAGGAGCUGGACUUCCUCAUGGAGGUGCACAUCAUCAGCAAGCUCUGCCACCAGAACAUCGUGCGCUGUGUGGGGCUCAGCUUCCGGGCGGUGCCACGCCUUAUUCUUCUGGAGCUGAUGUCUGGAGGGGACAUGAGGACUUUCCUGACCGACUGCCGGCCACAUUUGGGCAAGCCAUCACCUCUGGCCAUGCAGGACCUGCUGCAGCUGGCCUGGGACAUAGCCCAGGGCUGCCACUACCUGGAGGAGAAUCACUUCAUCCACAGGGACAUUGCUGCCCGGAACUGCCUGCUGAGCUGCACUGGGCCUGGCCGAGUGGCUAAGAUUGGGGACUUCGGGAUGGCAAGAGAGAUCUACCGGGACAGUUACUACCGAAGGGGCGGCCCAGCCUUCCUCCCAGUCAAGUGGAUGCCCCCUGAGGCCCUUCUGGAGGGCAUCUUCACAUCCAAGACAGACUCCUGGUCCUUUGGGGUUCUACUCUGGGAGAUCUUUUCCCUGGGCUAUGUGCCCUACCCUGGGCGCACCAACAUGGAGGUCCUGGACUUUGUCACUGCAGGGAGCCGGCUGGAUGCCCCUCGGGGCUGUCCGGGGCCUGUGUACCGCAUCAUGACCCAGUGCUGGCAGCAUCAGCCUGAGCUCCGCCCCAGCUUUGCCAGCAUCUUGCAGCACCUCCAGUACUGCACUCAGGACCCUGAUGUGCUGAAUUCCCCCCUGCCAGUGACUCUGGGGCCCACUCUGGAGGAAGGGGCUUCUGAGCUGGGAAACAGGUCUUUGGAGGAUCCCAGGUCCCCAUAGCCCCAGGGCCAGAGUCCAAAGACCCGGAAGAGCUGGGGAGGAAGCCGUCUUGGCCACUGGCUGUCCUCUGGCCUCAAGCCCCUCAAACCUAGAGGCCUCCAACUUCAGAACGUUUAGAAUCCCACCUAUGGUUCCUAGACCCCAAAAGGGCCAGCAUUGCUCUCAGCAAAGGCGCUUCCUGCACUCCUUCCUGGGCUUCCCCCGUGGCUCGUUAUCCCCCAGUCUCCAUCCCCUGCAGCCUUGAGGCAUGCCUGAGCCUGUCUCAGGGUGGUCCUGGCCACACGGGACUUUCCACGCUGGCAACAGCCCCAGGGACCAGCAGGGAGUCCUGGAUUCCCCUCUCCCAUGAGGGACUUUCACCCGGGCAGCCCCCGACCCUGCAGAUGUUUCUAAUAAAAACUCUUCUCUCACCUGC